CAGAGGAAAAACAUAACACGGCAAUGGGUUGCGUAGAAUUGGUUAUAUAAAUUAAAGAUUAACUAGAAUUAUAAAAAAGUAGAUAACGUGUGUCUUUUCCUUUGUAUUUGGAAACUCUUUUUAAAUGUCUGUGAUUCAAAAACCAAUACCGGUAGUAUCGUUUCUUCUUGCUCUGCUUCUCUUCAUUAUUUGUUUUGCUUCAAGUCAAAACGAUGACGUUUACGAAGGCUCCGAAUCCGAUCAUAAACGCGUUCAAAUCCGGGUCGGGUUGGUUUUGGAUUCGGGCUCCGUGGAGGGAAAAAUGGUGGGAAGGUCUGUUACAACGGCGCUAUCCGAUUUCUACGCGGUUAACAGUGACUACAAAACAAGAGUCUCUCUCUCAAUCGGAAACUCUCACGGAGAGCCUCUCCUCGCUCUCGCUUCCGCUGUAGAUCUGCUGCAAUCCGAAGGAGUGGAGGCGAUCGUCACCGGCGGGAGGUCGUUGCUGGAGACGAAGCUUGUGGCGGAGAUCGGGGAGAAAGCUAGGGUUCCUGUGAUCUCAAUCAACUCUCCGAUCUCACCGUCGUUGAGCAGAUACAGUUAUUUGAUCCAAGCGACGCAUGAUUCUUCCUCCGAGGCGAAGGGGAUAAGAGCUUUCAUCCAUGAGUACGAUUGGAAGAGUGUUGCUCUUGUUUACGAGGAUGAUGACGACGAUGACUGGAGAGAGAGUAUGCAACUUCUCGUGGAUCAUUUUGAUGAGAACGGUGUUGGUGUUCAAUCAAAGGCUGGUUUUACAGUGUAUUCAACGGAGGAAAUGGUUAUGGAACGGUUAGGGAAGAUUAGAGAUUUGGGGACGAGUGUGUUUGUUGUACACGUGUCUGAGCUUGUUGCUACUCGUCAUCUCUUCACAUGUGCUGAGAAGCUGGGGAUGAUGGGUGAAGGUUUCGCUUGGAUCCUCACUUCCAGAACCAUGAGCAGCUUUCAUGAGAGUAGUACUAGAGGAACAGCGGCAAUGGAAGGUGUGGUUGGCUUCAAGCCAUACGUUCCAAUGUCAAGAGAGCUUCAGAACUUUACAAGGAGAUGGAGAAAAUCACUAGGCAAUGAAGAAGAUGUUCGGCUGAGCUUGAGCAUUUCUAGUGUAUGGGCUCAUGAUGUAGCUUGGACGCUGGCGAGAGCAGCGGAAGUUGCGAGGAGGACGGAGAAUGCAUCAUCAACUCUCCUUGAGGCUAUCACUGAGUGUAGGUUCAAGGGUUUGAGUGGUGACUUCCAAGUGAAGGAUAAGAUGUUCUUGUCAGACAAGUUUGAGAUUGUGAAUCUGUUGGAAUCAGGUGAGAGAAGAAUAGGGUUCUGGAGUUCUAAUGGUAGUUUCAGCAGUAGAAGACAUCAUAACAAGCUGGAGACCAUAAUCUGGCCUGGUGGGUCUGCUCAAGCUCCGAGAGGACGGGUUCUAGGAGAAAUCAAAAGAAGAAAGCUGAGGGUUUUGGUUACAUCUAGCAAUAGAUUCCCAAAACUGAUGAAUGUUGAGACUGAUUCAGCAACAAAUGUUACCACUGCCGAAGGGUUCUGUGUAGAAGUCUUCCGGGCCGCCAUUGCACCUUUCAACUAUGAACUUGAGUUCAUCCCUUGGCGCAACGGAAGUAACUACAACAAACUUGCAUAUGCACUUUAUAGUCAGAAAGACAAGUAUGAUGCAGCGGUGGGAGAUAUUACAAUCACUGCCAAUAGAUCAACGUAUGUUGAUUUUACGAUGCCAUUCACUGAGAUGGGCCUUGGAACUGUGGCAACAAAGGAGACAAGUAUGUGGGUGUUCUUCCAUCCUUUAAAAAGAGACCUUUGGAUAACAAGUGCAGCUUUCUUUGUCUUGGCCGGUACUAUAGUUUGGUUGAUAGAAAGACAUGAUAACAAGGAGUUUCAGGGUUCUUGGCCGAAACAGAUCGGAGUUAUAUUCUGGUUUGGCUUCUCUACCCUUGUUUAUGCCCAUAGGGAGAAACUACAGCACAACUUAUCAAGAUUUGUAGUUACAGUUUGGGUGUUUGCAGUGCUCAUAUUAACUACAAGUUACACCGCAACUUUGACAUCAAUGAUGACGGUGCAACAGAUUCGAUUCAACUCUAAUAAAGAUUUCGUGGGGCAUCUUUCCGGCUCCCUCAUUGCAAAUAUGGCCCUAACCAGUCCCAGGUUCCGACCAACGAACACCAAGGGUCUCAAUACUUCUACAGAUUAUGCUCAAGCCUUGUUGAACCAUACUGUCUCGUUUAUUGUCGAUGAGUUGCCAUACCUCAAAGUCCUCCUUGGAGAGAAUCUUGGGAAGUUUCUCAUGGUCAAGGCACAAUGUAACACCAAUGGUUUUGGCUUUAUGUUUCAGAAGGGCGACGAACUGGUGCCUCUUGUGUCUAGGGAAAUAUUUAACCUGAGGACUAGCGAUAGACUGAUCGAGAUGGAGAAAAGAUGGUUUGAGAAUCAACUUCCCUACACAGCAGAUGAUACAUCAAAUCCUAUAACUCUUUACAGGUUCCGCGGAUUGUUUAUGAUCACCGGAGUUUCUUUCGCUUUCGCUCUUGUGGUGCUUCUCAUUCUCUGGCUCCGAGACAAAUGGGAAGUUCUGAUGAGUUCAGUCAACAUAUUCCUCUCGCAACGACUUGUACAUUUCAGGAUCCUCUUCGCAAGAACUAUCCAUCCCAACACCCCUGACGACGUCAAUGGCGAGAAUGCGGUGCAAAUGGCUCAACGUAACUGAAAAUAGGAACUGAUUCAAGCAUAGCCAAUAUAUAUUCAUUUACCAUUUAUGCAUCUUUAAUACAAGUUUAGUAGAUGCUCAUGUUUUUUUAUGUGGGAGUCUCUCUAUGGCUUACACAAUUGCUAGCGAUGAUGUUAGUUUGACCUGGAGCCAAACUUGCCCCUUCUUCCUCGAGAGGUCCUUUCGAAUAUGAUAUGAUUUUUGAAUCAAACAGGGUUACACUU